CCUACUAUGGCGCGCCAUUUGAAGACCGACUGGCAGUCCGAUCCCCUCGAGAUCUCGCCAGCCGCGCCGGCCGGGCGCACUGGGGGCGGCGGUCGCCGAAAACCAGCUAGAUUCACCGAGCAUAGCGUAUAUUAUCGAGGCCGAGCUAGAGGCGGGCGCUUUGUCAGUCACUUUUCAGAGUGUAUGAAAAAUAACUGGACAUCGAAUUUCUUGAGAGUUAAGAUAAUGGCUGCUCCGUCCAAUCAAAGCACAGACGAUGAGAAGGAUGUAUCAUCAAGCAUCACAAAGAAGGUUAUGGGAGACUCCCUGCAUGAGUAUGAAACACAGUACUUUGGCUUCACACCAAAAUCAUUCAUAGAUGGAGUAUACAAUGCUGUUGCUGACUAUCUGUAUGACAGUGUAGAUGCUGCGGACAAAUAUAUUGCUUCUGAGAGCCAGCAGGGAAGGCAUCCUGUAUGUCCAGAAGCAGUUAGAGAGUCUUCAGACAGAUUACUAGCCCAUCUUCAACUAGUCUUUGACAAGGCUUUUGACAGACUGGAGACAUACCUGAUUAAGAACAUCUUUCCUAUCCCGUCUCAUGUCGUCUUACCCGAAGAUAAGAUCCAUAAAGAAUUGACCCCGACAGAAUCGGAUGAAGCCAAACUUGAUACAGAGCUGGAGGAACUUCGACAGAGAAUACUUGAUGCACAAUAUGUGAAUGCUAGACUUGAGCAGUGGUCUAAUAGCGUCAAACAGAUUCAAAACCUCUUGGAUGAUUUGCUGACCCAAAUGGAAGACUACCAAAAAAUUUGCAUCCAGGAAAAUGUUGCUGAUUUGAAAGAGUCUAUCGUAUUCAUGGCAACCAGAGCGGAGAAGCUACUCGAUCUGUCUCAGACAUUACACCUUAACAGUGUAACCAGUUCAAAGAAACGAGGAUUGGAUGAUGAUGAUGAGAGGAGCAUUCCAGCCAAGAUGAGUCACCAGAGUGGAUCCCCCUGAAUGGUACAAAUCUUAUCUGAUCUUUUCUUUUAUAAUAGCAUGCUUAUAACUACUUUAAUUCAGUCAAGUGCAUGCUAACAUAUUUGUUGUUUGUCCUCAAAGGACAUAUUUCAUAUUUAUUGGCCCUUUAGGUCUUUGCCAUGACAUGAAGGAGCCUUGGUCUUGCUUGACGGGACGCUUCAACAUCAACGACGUUGCUGAUUGAACCGUAUGCAUGUGCAUCAAGACGGAGCUUUUUGUUCUCUGAUAUUUGAAGGGAAAAUGAUUGAAAUUAUACGUUAAAAUUUUAUCAAUUUUUUAAACUAUCAUGUAUUUGAACUAUUUUCCAGAUAGAAUUGUAACAUUACAAGGUUGUUUUUUCGAAACAGCUUUUGUUUAGUAAUCAUAAACAUAAUAUGAAGUGUGAUUUAAUUUUCACUAAUGUUGCAACACAUGAAAUGACAAACAAUACAUACUUUGAGUUAGCUGUAUAAUUAUUUCAUAGAAGUAUUUUAUUAUCAUAUUAUGCUACACACAUACACUAUAAUAUUGCAAUAAUGGACUAAAGUUACUCAAUACAAGCCCCAUUUGUACAUGCCGUUAAGCUAAUCAACCACUUUUACCCUAAUACAUUUUUUUCAAUACAAGAGGGGGGAGGUCAUACAUUUGGGAGUAGAAGAGGAGAUAGCUAUGUUUAGGUAAGCACUGUUAGAGAAUGGGAGAAGAAAAUAUGCUUGUAGCAGAAUUUGUCCCACUUUUGAUACAUGAUGCAUCUACAUGUAUAUAGUGCAAAAAUGUUCUACAUGUACUUUUCAAAAGCCCUCAUAAUGUGAGAGGAUAGAAAGCAAUAUAUACUUUGUUUGACUUAUUUAACAUUAAAAUGGAGUGAAAUAUAGAGUUAAACCCAUGAUAAGCUUAUUUCAUGCGAUUAUAUUUCAACAGGUCACUUUACAGGCACCUUUAGUAGUAGAAUCCUAUUGUCUUUGAUAUAUAUUUUAUAUCUUUGAAUAUAAAAUGCAUUCUGCGUCUUUUUGAGUUCCUUUCCUAUAUUCCAUAUUAUCUCUGAAAAUUUCAUGUACAAUAUUAUUGAUCUAAAAUUGACACAAUAAAAUACAUAGUUGACAUUGUAAAUAUCCUUGUAAUAUAACUUGUACAAAGAAUGUAGCAGCUUUAUUAUAUAUGGAAGUAAAUUGUAAUUAAAAUGUUUUUUAUAUAUAAUAUUGGCAUUUGCUGUUCAUUUGUUUGAUAUUAAAGUGAGACAACAUAUUGGAACAAAAAACCAAACAAAAAUCAUCAUUGGUAUACAUACAUUUCAUGAUUUUGAAAGAGUGGUACAAAGAGAGUUUGAAAAUUCCUGAACAGAUGUUAAUGGGACUUUAAUUGAACCAAAGAAAAAUGUUAACAAACCUUUCUUUCAAAGAAGUGGCUUUUCGCCGGAUUCUCAUACAUUUUAAUCACAAUUGUUGAAUUUCAGCAUGUAUUACCAUGUAAACUUGUCUGUAUUGAAAUUUUCUUACAGGUUUUCAUAUUACAAAAAAAAAUCAAAUAUAGCUUUAAAUUGUAGUCCAUCAUGCAGAUAUAUUUGACCUUUUCUUUUAGUUCGGUCUAUAGCAUGUUUUGAGGUAUUGAAAUCAUUGUGUAACAAAAAUCUCUCUUUUUUGUGAAACAUGGGGCUAUUACCCCACAAAAAAACAUGCCCCAAACAAUUAGAUGAUCAAGGCCCUGUUGCAUAGACUAGUAUCUUUGCCAUCCAAUGGUAACUACCAUGGUAACAUGCUUAA